CUGUGCUCCGUGCGGCGUUCUGCUGAAGGGAUGAGGGCAGCGGAUUCACGAACAACAGACCCAGAUGCUGAUGAGAGAAGCGCGGCUACACUUGGGACGCAUGGUGUCAGAGAAUGCCACGGCAGGAAAAGAGUUUCCAUACACUGGCUCUGAGGAAAGGCAUCUUUGUCUCAUUGACUAGGUUCUUUGUUUUUGACUUGAAGUCAUAACUGCAGCUAAUGCUGCAUAUCCUGACGUUACAAUGCCAGCGGGGCUGAAUGCGCAAGGCAGCGGUAUACCUAUCUCAGAUGCGAUGGGAUCAUUUAAGAGGAGGAAAAGAAAGUCCAUCAUAGUAACAGUGAUGCUCCUUAUUGUCUCCAUACUCAUCCUGGUCUUUGGUCUGGCCGCUACUACCAGGACUCAAAACAUCACUGUCGGUGGCUACUAUCCAGGAGUCAUUCUCGGCUUCGGGUCCUUUCUGGGAAUCAUUGGCUCCCAUUUGAUAGAGAAUAAGAGGCAGAUGCUGGUGGCCUCCAUUGUCUUCAUCAGCUUCGGUGUGGUGGCGGCCUUCUGUUGUGCUAUAGUGGAUGGCGUUUUCGCUGCGAGGCAUAUAGACCUCAGACCUCUAUACGCUGGCCGAUGUGAAUAUUACUCCAGCGGGACCGCGUUCGAUUUAGAUGUCCACUGUCAAACCGCAUCUCGGGUCUCCUGUAACCUGCGCGUGAAGAGCAACACCUGCUACUGCUGUGACCUUUACAACUGUGGCAAAGAGCAUCCUCUUAUGGGACUUCAGAAUAAAGAUGUUUUGAAAAAAUUUAGGAAAUCCUCCAUGAUUUGGAACCGAGUGGAGCUGCGAGGAGGCUACCACGAGUACACAGAGGUGCGGAGCUGCCAGGACGUCGUGCAUCUUUACCACCUGCUGUGGUCUGCUACUAUCCUCAACAUUGUUGCUCUGUUUCUGGGCAUCAUCACCGCGGCCGUGCUGGGGGGCUUCAAAGACAUGAUGCCUACAGCAGCACCGGAUUCCUGUGAGCCAGAACCUCUCCCUAUUCCUCCGCCCCCAGAGACUCCUGGACCCACAACAUCCAACAACUCUUUUUACAACACUGCCCCCUGCUUACCUCCAUACACUGCCUACGACCUUCAGGGUGCCAGCAUGUUUCCUGACUCUUCGGGCCUGUCUGAUGACUCCCAGUCUGGAGCCAGUCACAUGUGGCCAAAUAUGAUCCCGCCUCGUUAUUCUCCUCCUUAUUACCCUCCUGAUGAGAAGCCCCCGCCAUACAGCCCCUAAGGGACCAGUAUAAGGAAGACAUUUUCCUGCCAAGAGAGAACUGGCAUUGGGCAUUUUUGGAUAUUAGAGUACCCCAUCAUUGAACAGUCAUUGUUCUGAGCGAACGACCUUUGCGGAGGAGGUUCACCCGUGCGUCGGGUACAGAGAGACUACCGCAUUAACCACAGACAUUCAUCCCCAUUCAGCAGGUGUAAUAUGCAACAUUAACCCUUAACAGGAUUCUCUCAAGUCAAUCCCGAUGUGUAAAAUAUUCACAUUACGUAGCCUCAAUCCGAGAGGACUAUACCUAAUAACAACUAGCCUGACUAUGAGAUCAAGACUGUUCACAGAUAAGCCUUAAAAUGUGUGUCCGCUUCCAGUAAGGCUCCACCUGGCUCGCCUCCUCCUCCAGUUAUAGGUAACAUCUAUUUGUGUUUCCUCUGCUUAUCUCCAUAAUGUGAACUUCUCCCUUCCAAAGUGGCACAAAGUGUUGCGCAUCGCCUCUGCUCUCUCAGCACGAGGAUGAGUCUCUUUAUCUUAUCUAGCAAUUGAUUUGCACUUUAUUGUCUUCAGAAUUUACUGUAUUCACAGUUCUAGAUAAUUACUUGAGUUAUUUUUAACUGUUUCGGGCAGCUAGAUUGCAAAGAACUGUACAUAUAUUUAGGCUGAAUCUUACUUUUUGUCCUGAGCGCUUCAUUAGGAUCUAAGAUCUAACCUGUAAUAUGUGGUGUUUCCUCUUCGUUCCGUCAAGCACACAAUCGCGUCACAAAUUCGAAUAAUCUUCUGUGACAAAAAUAUCCUUUAUGCUUGAUUUAUGCAAAGUAAUAAGCUCUUACAUAGUGGUACGAGGAAUGAGAGGGCUUUCAAAACUUCACAUUCGUCCGCUGUUCUGCGUUGCCGACAGGACUCACCGAAUGUAAAAAAGAGGCGGCUUAGCUUUAUAAGUAACCAUUAUAUAAACCUACAUUGUUCACUACAUAAUAACUGAAAGUCCCUUCACAAUGCAAAUAUGAUAUCAGUGUGUGUGCAAUGCUGUAUAUGUUGUACAUAUACCGAACGAUCAUACUGCCUUCUCGUGACACAACAGAAUCGAGUCUUAAGACUUAUAGUGUUCUCCUUUUUGUCCGUUUUGAGUGUUCACUGUGAAUGUCAUGUCUAUACACUGUACUUCAUGUGCUUGAUUUAUAUCAAGAACAGUGUCCUUUACUGAUGUGGGUAGAGAUAUUGCUUCAAAUUCAAUGAUUUUAUUACUUCCUAUUUGACGUUUGGAUGCAACUGGUGGUUGUAGUGCAGUCACAUGCUAUAAAGAAAACUCGUAAAGUGGAUCUUUGCCUGAUUUGUUCAUUUUUGACCACAUUCAUGUCACAUGAAAGCAUUGUUUACAUUUGGUGUUAAAAUCUUAAAAUGAAAGACUGGUAGUUCAGCUCAGUAUUCAAUAUAAACUGUAUAGCUGGAAUAGACUUUUUGCUUAUCACACUACAUUUUCAAAUAUGUCCACUGGCACUUGACCACUAAAUCCAUUUUAUCACUCCUCAGAUUAUAUCCAUGAAUUGGUGCAUUAUCAUAUUUGACCAGGACCACAAAACCAGUCAUAAGGGUCAAUGUUUAAGAGUUAUACAGGACAAUAUUUGUCUCUAGAUACAACUAUUUUAAAAUCUGAAGGUGCAAAAAGCAAAAAAAAACCAAGAGUAUCAGUAAUAUUGUCUUUAUUGUACAAAUGAAAUCCUUAGCAAUGCAUAUUACUAAUCAAAAUUAAGUUCUGCUAUAUUUACGGCAGCAAAUUUACAAAUUAUCUUCAUGGAACAUGAUCUUUACUUAAUAUUCUAUUGAUUUUUACAUAUAAAAAUCGAUUACUUUGAGCCAUGCAAUGUAUUUUUGGCUAUUGCUACAAAUAUAAUUCUGCUACUUAUGACUGGUUUCGUGAUCCGGGGGUCACGCGUUCAUCAACAAGAUCCACUCUGAUACAGAGCCAGGAAUGUUCAUAUUGACUGGUGGUUAUCCUGAAAAUUACUAAUCACUUUCACGUUGCUCUUGGAAAUAAAAGAAAUACAUGUGCACUUU